AUGCGAGCGCUAAUUUUAUUACUGUGCCUUUCCGUCGACGUAAUUUAUUCGCAAUGUGCGGAAGAGGAAGCCGAAAAGAGUCGGAACGGAACUUUGACGACCCUCAGAGAUCUACGGCAUUACAAGAAGAAAGCUAGCAGUGGUGAGUCUUUGUUUGAUGAUGUGAUGACUAUGCUGUCAAUAUUGAAAUUGCCGAAGACAAAUCUCUCAGAUUUUCUUCAAAUUUUGCGUACAUAAUCUGACCAGAAUGCUUAUAAUUCCUUUAAAAUGUUAGCUUGCUCUUUGCAGGCGCAACGGAAAGAUUCAUCGAUUACUGCAGAUCGAGGACGAUCGGAGACUUUGUUUUCGGCCUAAACUCUGGGAAUUUAGCGCUCACAGUUGCUUCAGAACCCAAAAUAUACGCAGAAAAUUUUUUUAGUGUAUAGUAUAAAAAACGAGUUUUCUCAGGCUAUCUCCGCUUGUUUUCCGUAGCCUUUUGAUCGUAAAGUUUGCAAAAUAUUUUGACUGCCCUUGUAAAGCGCUAUCCAAAGUCUUUACAACGUUAAAUGAGCUGCAAAUCAAAUCGUCGCACCAAGUAAUUUUUGUUGAAUUUUUAAAUCUUUUCAGAUCUUCCUCGUCGCCGUAGGAAACGGUGUUUUGGCCCGUUUGCUGGAAUUAUUCCUCCACCGGGAGCUCCAGCCGCGGCAGCCGCAGCUGCUUCUUCUGGUGCUGCUUAUCCCGGUUAUGCUGGCUACGGCUCGUAUGGCGGCUACGGAGGUUAUGGAAGUUACGGAGGCUACGGAAGUUAUGGAGCCUACGGAGCGCCGGCUGCAUCGGCCGCUAGUGCUUCCAGUGCCGCCAGUGCUGCGAGUGCAGGCUCGGCUGGGACUGCUGGAUUUGCGGGAACCAGCGGGUUUUCUGGAGCAAGCGGUUUCUCCGGUGCGUCGGGUUUUUCCGGGGCCUCUGGGGCGUCUGGAUUCUCCGGAGCAAGUGGAUUUUCCGGCGCUUCCGGAGCUUCCGGAUUUUCCGGAGCGUCCGGAGCAAGUGGUUUUUCUGGCGCCUCUGGGGCUUCUGGAUUCUCCGGCGCAUCUGGAGCGUCGGGCCUUUCUGGAGCAAGUGGAGCUGCUGGAACAUCGGGAGGCGCUGUCUCCGCGGGAUCGGCUGGAUCAGUCGCUGGAAGUGGCUCCGCAGGAUCAGCUGGUUCCACGGGAGCAGCAGGAUCUUCUGCGUCAUCAAGCUCAAUCGGAUCAGCAGCUAGUAUUGGAGGCGCCGCUUCAGCCGCUGGGGAUUCUGUGGCAUCGGCUGCAGGUGCUGGAACUGCUGGAAGCUCGGGUGAGAAUUUUGUAUUUUACAAACCUUCAAAUUUUCAGCCUCCGUCCCAGCGUCGCCAUCAGUUGCCCCUGGCCUAGGUGAAGCUCAACAAACCGACGUUUUAUCCGACGCUGACCAGCUAUGGUUGCAAGAACUGGAGCGCCGAUUCCCACUGCCCAGCUGUUACGCCAACGCUGACAUGUUGAUGUGUUGCAACGAGGCGUUGGAAAGGCUGAUGGACGAGAGUUUCGAGCAGCUAAAAGAUGAUCUGGACACAGAUUACAAUGCUUGUAAUACGAACAAAAUUGCACAAUAUAUUGGCGAUAAAGCGGAAAAGGAAUUUGGCCAGCCCUAUGAAGUCAUCGUCGGGAAUGGAGAUUACGUCAGUAAGAGCAAUUUCUUCAUGGAUCAGUAUUGCAAAAUCAAGCGGGACGGAAAGUGAGUUGAUUUUUUGGGGUAAAUUACUCGUUUCGUCAUUUAUUUUAUCAAAAUUUUAAUACUUCAUAAGAAGAUGUAACAUUCAAACGAGACAGCAAAAAGCUAUAUAGAUCACGUAUUUUACUCUAGCAAUUUUUUUAUCAUAGCUAAAAAAAUUACUCCCAGGUUUAUUCUACUCUAUGCAACACCCAAACAAGAAGACGAAAUUUUCGACGAAUCCGACGGAAGAAACAACCACUUCGGCAAUGGCGGUUCAGCAGAUGGUUAUACCGAAGGAGAAACGAAUUCUCAAGGCUAUGGAUAUGAGAAUGUUAAGCCCUCAGGCUAUGAUUCUUUCGACAAUAAAGAAUAUGGGAACUCCGAAAUUCCUUCCACUCCUUAUGGUGGAGAUGACAAUGGAUAUGGAGAGAAAAAUCAAAAUGAAAACACUGAUGCAGGUUAUGGUGACAGUACUGGAGGCAGGGUAGAUUCUACUGGACGGGUAUCUGGACAGAAUGGAAAGAAAAAACCGGCUGCAACUAAUCGUCUUGUCGAUAGUUCUGCUACAAACGAAGACGCUAUAAAAAGGUGGGUAAAUAGUAGAUUCAUCUGUUUCCUUUGAACAGAAAGCCCUACAUUUGCGACACUUUUUUAAGCCUGGUACAGUCUCAUGCUAGGCCAAGUUCUUUGUGAAGAUAUUUUUGAUGACUUUUAACACAUUUUAGGCCUCCAUCGCCAAGCAGAGGACAAAGGCCCAGCUCGUCAACUUCAAGCUUGUCAUCACCUUCGUCAACUGCCUCAAAGGUCUCCCAUAAGAGUUCAUUUAGCAAGCUGAAUGUUCCAUUUACAUGGAUUCCAAGGAAAGGACAUUUGCGAAGAAGGCUUCGCCGAAAUCGAAGAAACCGACGACGGUUACAUAAGAAACAAAGAGGAAGAUUUCAAUCAAUAAUAUAA